AUGGUACAAAAAGCGUUAAAAGUGAAUAAAAAAGUCAAGAACCCACGCCGAGUGACCAAGAAACAGAAAAACCUUCGUAAAGCUGCUCCUUUGAUCAUCAAAUCGAAGAAGAAGGGAUUACAACAUAUGAAGAAGUUGAACAAGAGUGCAUCGUUGACGGAGUCUACUGAAAGAUUGUUAUCGAGUAAGAUAGGUCAUUUAGAGUUGUUGAAGGGCACCCGUAAGGAGAUUGAAAAGGGCAAGAAUAAGAAAUAG